CACCUUCUUAGCUAUAUUUAUCUCCACAAAAACCCUUUUCCUACCCUCACAGUCACAGUUCACACUACUCUCCUCUGUGUCUGUCUAUCACCUCCUCCUACCUUCCAUUUCCAACCAUGCCUACAAAGCUGCUCCUCUUAUCCCAACUCCGUGUCCUCCAACCCAUGAAGAAUCCUCUCUUCUCCCGAACCUUCCUCACCCCUUUCAAAUUCUCCCACCUCUACCUCCGCAACGCAGCGUUUAACCCCCGCCCCUUCUCCGCCCGCGCCGCCGGUAGCAGCAGGGAGCAGCUCCGCCCUUCCAAGAGCAAGAGCCUCGUCGAUGACGAGGCCGAGCUCAGCGACUGGGUCGAUGAGCUCCGCACUGGUCGGACCGACUCCUUCGCCCCCCGGAGGGUCAGCGAGGAUGGUGGUGUGGAACGGCGUGAGUUUGCGCCGAGGGGGAAUACCAGGGCGCCGAAGAGGAAGGGUGAGGAUUUGAGGAGAGGGAGGCAGAAUGGUGGUAACGCCAGGAGGAAGUUUGCGUUGAGUGGGGAUGAUGAGGAUAAGGAUGACGUGGCGGGGAGGAAGUUCAAGGUUGGUGGUGGUGGUAGCAUUGGGCAGUUUCUCAGUGAUGAAGAAGAUGAUGAUGAAGAUGAGGAUGAGGAUGAGGAAGAUGAAGUGAGUGAGGAUGAGGGGAUAUUGAACAAGAGUAGAACUGCUUUGUUUGCUCAGAAGAAGAGUGCUGUGCCUGUACCAACUCCAAGACCUUCUUCAUCUUCUGGGUCUGGGUCUGAUUCUUAUUUGAGUGAAACCAGAUUUGACCAAUGUUCGGUCUCCCCGCUGUCACUGAAAGGAGUCAAGGAUGCUGGGUAUGAGAAAAUGACUGUGGUGCAGGAGGCAACUCUUCCCAUAAUUCUUAAAGGUAAGGAUGUGCUUGCCAAGGCUAAAACAGGAACAGGAAAAACAGUAGCCUUUUUGCUUCCAUCAAUUGAAGUUGUUGUGAAGUCACCUGCAAGUGAUCGUGAUCAAAGGAGGCCACCAAUUCUUGUGCUUAUCAUAUGCCCAACUCGGGAGCUUGCAUCCCAAGCUGCUGCAGAAGCCAAUAAACUGAUUAAGUAUCAUCCGGCCAUUGGUGUUCAAGUUGUGAUUGGAGGAACAAGACUUGCUUUAGAACAGAAACGCAUGCAAGUAAACCCUUGCCAGAUCCUUGUUGCUACACCUGGAAGGCUUAGGGAUCAUGUUGAGAAUACUGCUGGUUUUGCAUCUAGGCUUAUGGGUGUUAAGGUCUUGAUUCUUGAUGAAGCUGAUCAUUUACUAGACAUGGGAUUUCGUAAAGAUAUUGAGAAAAUAAUUGCUGCUGUCCCUAAACAACGACAAACCCUUCUGUUUUCUGCCACCGUUCCUGAAGAGGUGCGUCAAGUCUGUAAUAUUGCUUUGAGAAGGGAUCAUGAAUUUAUUAAUACAGUUCAAGAGGGUAGUGAGGAGACACAUUCACAGGUCCGCCAGAUGCAUUUAGUUGCCCCUUUAGACAAGCAUUUCUCUUUACUCUAUGCUAUUCUGAAGGAUCACAUUGCAGAUGAUGUUGACUAUAAGGUUCUUGUUUUCUGCACAACUGCUAUGGUCACACGACUUGUUGCUGAUCUUCUCAGUGAAUUGAAAUUGAAUGUGAGAGAAAUCCAUUCAAGAAAGCCUCAGAGUUAUAGAACCAGAGUCUCUGAGGAAUUUCGGAAGUCAAAGGGUCUCAUCCUUGUUACUUCAGAUGUCUCUGCACGUGGUGUAGAUUAUCCAGAUGUUACACUUGUUGUACAGGUUGGUUUACCAUCUGAUAGAGAACAGUAUAUACAUCGACUCGGAAGAACAGGGCGAAGAGGGAAAGAAGGGCAAGGCAUACUGCUACUGACUCCUUGGGAAGAGUUCUUUUUAUCUACCAUAAAAGAUUUGCCUAUUGAGAAAGCUCCAGUACCUUCAGUUGAUCCUGACACUAAGAGAAAGGUGGAAAAGGCUCUAUCGCAUGUAGAGAUGAAGAAUAAAGAAGCAGCAUAUCAGGCAUGGCUUGGUUACUACAAUUCCAACAAGAAAAUUGGGAAAGACAAGUAUAGGCUAGUGGAGCUUGCAAAUGAGUUCAGUAAAAGCAUGGGGCUUGAUAACCCUCCAGCUAUUCCUAAACUCGUUCUUGGUAAGAUGGGUCUUAGAAAUAUCCCUGGUUUACGUUCCAAGUAGGUAAUUUAAUUUGUUUAUUCAAAUUCAGUUUCUGACUAGUCAGGAAAGAAAAGAUACAAUGUGCCCUUCUAAUUUGAUUGUAAGACUUGAAACAUCUAAACUCCAAUUAUGUAUAUCGUCAAUUUUGGUGUAUCUAUGGAAUUUUUAUUCCCUGGCA